AUGUCCGACGAAUAUGUCUCGAAAGGAGUUAGAUUCUACAAGGUCGAUGUGGAUGAGGUACGUUCGGUUGCUAGUGCAGAAGGCGUAUCAGCAAUGCCUACUUUCAAGGUCUACCGCGAGGGUGCGUGUGUUGGGAGUGUGCGGGGUUUCAACCAGCAAGAACUCGUCAGAGUUAUUGAUGAGAUAUUAUUGGGCACCUCUAAAGUGCAUGAAAGGUUUGUAUAUCCGAUUGUAGAUCGGUGA